AUGGAAACAUUAUAAAACCAUUCCGAGCACACAAUGUCGUCCAUACGUUUGCUUCGUAACUUUUCAACAAAUUCUCUAAAAUUAUCAAUAAACAAAAAUGCCAUUGGUGGUCGGAGACUCGUAGAAGGUGUUGCUGUAGCUCCACAUGGUAAAACUAUUGUUGCCUGGCAUCCAGAUCCUGCAUAUCCAUAUGAAUUCACAAAGCCCCUGCCCACGGCAUCGGAAUCCCAAUCAGCAUCAUUGAUGAAGGAGGAAUCGUUGCGAAGUGCCAUGAGUGCCUUCAAAGACAAGAGACCCGAAGUGGCACGUGAAGAAUUGAUGCGUUUAACUCACACAACCAAACACAGAUGGUUCCCCCGUUCCAGAGACAAGCGGGCUAAGGAUACACCAAUGGAUAGACCUUAUUUGUAAGGUUGCCGG